AUGAAUGGCAGCACAAGUUUCACAAACUUCAAGGAUAUACCAUCCUCACCAAUAGCAUUAGACUUGACGCUCAUAAUUGCCUUCAUAACUUCUGCUUCUCUCUUUGCAAAGCGAAAAGAAAUUGUUGAUAAAAAAGUUGAAGAUCUGCAGAUAGAAGUGCAAGCUGUUCGCCGCAAACUUUGUUAUUUUGAUGUCGCUGCCAUAAAAGAUAUCCGCAACGAUUUCAAUAAAAUUCACGAAGUUAUUACUACAGCCUCUAGAAACGGGCAGACACUUUUACCUCCUGCUCCACCUACUUCCUAUGCUUCUGCUGCACCUCUCUCUGCUACUGCCAUUCGUGCCGAUGAUACUCUCGCUGCAUCUAACUCAUGUAAUGAUACCAACUCCAACAACCUCUCCCUUGCUGCUUUGCGGAAUCCCAAUGUCUACAAUAAAGCGAUAAAGCAAAUUUCUUCUGCUCCGCGGCCCCCUCCGCCAUCGUUGUCUGUAUCUCCUAACAACCAGCCAGGGCAGUC